AUGUGUACUGCCGAGGCUGCCCAAAAGGUUCAAAACCUGUCGUUGGACGAGAAGAACGCCAAGAAGAACAAGAAACAGGGCAACAAGAACUCUGCGUACUUGGACCCGGAGCCUGCGUUCAUUGAUGAGCGGAUCCAGCUAUUUGAAAAGCUCCAGGCGGAGUACAAUGCGAAGGUCGCGUCGAUGCCGCGCGCUGCGAUCAGCGUGGUUUUGAAGGACGGCUCCGAGAAGCCGGCAGUUGCGUGGGAGACAUCGCCAAUGGACAUUGCGCAGCAGAUCUCGAAGUCAUUUGCGGACAGACAGUGCAUUUCCAAGGUGAACGGAGAGCUUUGGGACUUGGAGCGCCCACUGGAGGGGUCAGAGGGCGACCAUUUGAAGCUGGAGUUCUUCGACUUUGAGUCGAACGAGGGCCGGCGCGUAUUCUGGCACUCUGCGGCACACGUGCUCGGCGAGGCGUGCGAGUGCAACCUGGGUGCCCACAUCUGCUUGGGUCCUCCAACGGAUGACGGGUUUUUCUACGAGUUUGCAUGCAAGGACUCGAUGGACCCCGACGCCCCAGAGCGGACGGUUUCGCAGGCGGACUUCCCUAACCUGGAGACCGUGGCCAAGCAGGCGAUCAAGGAAAAACAGCGGUUUGAACGGCUGGUCAUGACCAAGGAGGAUCUACUGAAGAUGUUCCACUACUCGAAAUACAAGACGUAUCUUGUGCAGACCAAGAUCCCAGACGGCGGCUCCACCACUGUGUACCGCUCGGGCAAGUUGAUUGACCUAUGUGUCGGGCCCCACAUCCCUCACACUGGCCGCAUAAAGGCGUUCAAGUUGCUGAAGAACUCGUCCUGCUAUUUCUUGGGUGAUUCUGAGAACGAUACUCUGCAGAGAGUGUACGGUAUUGCCUUCCCAGACAAAAAGCUGAUGGACGCGCAUUUGAAGUUCUUGGAGGAAGCGGCCAAGAGAGACCACCGGAAGAUUGGCCGGGAGCAAGAACUGUUUAUGUUCAAUGAGAUGUCCCCAGGUUCGUGUUUCUGGCUGCCACACGGCACCAGAAUUUACAACAAUUUGGUUGAGCUUCUGAGAAACGAGUACCGUAAGAGAGGCUAUGAAGAGGUCAUCACUCCAAACAUGUACAACUCCAAGUUGUGGGAAACCUCCGGUCACUGGGCCAACUACAAGGAGAACAUGUUCACUUUCGAAGUCGAGAAGGAGUCAUUCGGCUUGAAGCCUAUGAACUGCCCUGGUCACUGUGUUAUGUUCAAAUCGCGUGAGCGUUCCUACAGAGAGCUGCCAUGGAGAGUUGCUGACUUUGGUGUUAUCCACAGAAACGAGUUUUCUGGUGCUUUGUCCGGUUUGACUCGUGUCAGAAGAUUCCAGCAGGACGAUGCGCACAUUUUCUGUGCUCAGGAUCAAAUUGAGACCGAAAUCGAAGGUCUAUUUGAUUUCCUAAAAUACGUUUACGGCGUGUUUGGAUUUGAGUUCAAGCUCGAGUUGUCCACGCGGCCAGAAAACUAUGUUGGAGAUCUAGAAACUUGGAACAAUGCCGAGGCGAGAUUGGAGUCUGCUCUAAAUAAGUGGGGUGGUGACUGGGAGAUCAACGAAGGCGACGGCGCCUUCUACGGUCCUAAGAUUGAUAUUAUGAUCUCGGACGCCUUGAAGAGAUGGCACCAGUGCGCCACUAUUCAAUUGGACUUCCAAUUGCCUAACAGAUUUGAACUGGAAUACAAGGGCAAGGGCAACGACGAGAACGCCUACGAGCGCCCAGUCAUGAUCCACCGUGCGCUAUUGGGGUCUGUUGAAAGAAUGACGGCCAUUUUGACCGAGCAUUAUGCUGGUAAGUGGCCUUUCUGGCUAUCCCCACGCCAGGUUCUGGUUGUCCCAGUGGGUGUCAAGUACCAGGACUACGCCCAGCAAAUUAGAGACAAGCUGGUUGGCGCGGGCUUUUACGCCGACGCCGACCUAGGCUCCAACACCCUCCAGAAGAAGGUCAGAACCGGUCAAAUGUUGAAGUACAACUUCAUUUUCGUUGUGGGUGAGCAGGAAAUGAACGAGAACUCCGUCAAUAUCCGGAACAGAGAUGUCACUGACCUACAGGGUAAGAACGAGACCGUGGACUUUGACCUCGUCCUAAAACAACUACUCAAGUUGAAGGAGGAAAAGAGGGCAGACAACGUGCUGCAGUAG